AUGGGAGCGCGGCCCGUGGGCGGAGCAGCCAAUGGAGGGCGCGCUCGGAGGGCGGCGGGCGGAGCCCCGGGCCCCAGCCGCACCUGCGCGCGCCGCACCUGCGCGCGCCGCACCUGCGCGCGCCGCACCUGCGCGCGCCGCACCUGCGCGCGCCGCACCUGCGCGCGCCGCACCUGCGCGCGCCGCACCUGCGCGCGCCGCACCUGCGCGCGCCGCACCUGCGCGCGCCGCACCUGCGCGCGCCGCACUUCCGCCGUGCGCGCGUGCUCUGGUGCGCCUGCUGGCUGGACGGUGGGUGCCCCUCCAGCACGGGCCGACCCCGGCGGUUCCGGUCCCCGUUGGGCCGCAGCCCGCGCGGAGCCCACGCGGUCCGCCAGGGUGUUAGUGCCGCGGUUCUCUGCGCCCCGGGACGCCGCCUUCGGGCCUUUUUGGCGUCUCGGCUGGACGGGACCCGUUGCUCCUUCUUUCUGGGCGUCUCGCUCUGGGCGUGCGGACGGGUCGUCUGCAGCCGCACCGUCUUCCCGUGACGCGGUGAAUGUGGCAGUGACCGCAUCGCCACUGCAAGCCGACCGUUCCCCAGCGGGAGCAUUUCCCGCCCCGCACGUCCCCACUGGCCGCUCCCGCCGCGGGCGCCGCGCUGCGCACCGUCCCCAGGACGCGGACGUCCACGGAGCCACCCGCCCUGCGCUCGCGGAGCUCCCAUAUCUGCGGGGGACCGACGGCGACAGAGCGAAGAACCAAGGUGCGGUGGACGCGGUGCGAGAGAAGGAAGGCGCUCGGGAAUGGCUGCCCCGGGCGGCUGUGCACCUGCUGGAAAGGAGUUUCUGGACUCAGAGAUGGGAGGGGCUGCAGAGGGGGCGGCUGAGCGGGAGCCCAGGCUGGCUGACCGCUGCCGAGCUGCGGCAAAGGCAGAGGCACACUCGGGGGACUUGCCGCCUGGAGGCGUGAAUUCGGAGAAGGAGAGCAUCUACCGGUGUCUCAGACCAGGAGAGACUGGCGAGUCACCCCAGAAGGGAAGGUGAGUGGGGAAGGGACCACUACAGAACUCCAGGGGAGGCCCAGGAGGAAGGACCAUGAGGUGCGCUUCCAGAGAGCCAGAAGCCCACGGAGUCCCGAGCUGGGUGAAGACGGGGACAGGAGUGGCGGGUUCCCCAACGCUGCGUGAUGAAGGCGGAGGAUGGCCUGUGUGGUCUAACAGUUGGGAUGCCAUGGCUGACCUUCACAAGAGCGGUGGCUGUGCAGUGCCCUGUGCAAAUCUGUUGUGAGAGGGUUUCAGAGAAAGGGGUUGGGAGCAGCACCCGCCCUUUGCUGUGAAGACGAGCAGAGACGCGGGGCUGUAAUCUCUACGUGCAGAGUUAGCCAGUCCGCCUCCGAGCGGUUGGAACAGGAGCUGUCAGGCUCCCCCACACACGGGUGCUCUGGUGUGCGUUAGGGUGUCUUUUGAAGCAAUAGCACCAUGUUUGGCUUCAGUUUAGGCUGUAUUCUUUAUUAAUUAGCUUUCGUUAAAUUAAAAUUAAAAAGCAGCAGCAGCCACACAGAGGCACCGCAUCCCGGAGAGCACUGUGCUGCCUGCCCUGCGUCUCCCUGUGCGUCAGCUGGCCGGCAAGAGACUUUUAGCUGUUCUGUUUGAUGACCUAAAGGGGUUCAAAUAUCUCUCUGAGUUACUCCGGGUUCUAAUUGGUGUUGGGCAGUUUUCUUAUUUUAUUAUUUUUGGAUCUCAUGGCCAAAUUGUGAAAUGCCUGCUGUGUAUUAGGAUCUAGCCUGCUGUAUUGGUGCAAGAGAUACGAUUCUGUAAUAAAAAGGAACGGGGUGCCGGUGCCAACGGG